CACAUGCAUCAUCAUCACCACCGAGAACGACCAGAUCACGACUACGCCGAUGACGUCAUCACGGUGCAGGGCGUCCAGCCGCACCACAAGACUAGCUACCUGGAGACGAUGAUGCACCUGUUCAAAGGGAACAUUGGCACCGGCUGCUACGCAAUGGGAGACGCGUUCAAAAAUGGGGGCCUCUUGUUUGGAACCAUUGUCACGCUUCUGCUCGGCUUCGUGUGCGUUCACUGCCAGCACGUACUGAUCAACUGCGCGAAUCUUAUGCAGGAUCGGUGCCGGCGAGAGCGCUAUGAGAAGCGCCACAUGACGCGUAAUAAUAGCGGCGUGUUGGGGCCACCGCCACCCGAGCCACACGAGCCACCGCCGGAUUUCGCCGAUACCGUCGGGCUGUGUUUCCGGUAUGGCCCACAAGCCACCUGUCACUGGGCCGCCACAAUGCGUCGCACCGUCAACGUGUUCAUCUGCGUGACCCAGCUCGGGUUCUGCUGCAUCUACUUCGUGUUCAUCAGCUCCAACUUUAAGCAGAUCGCCGAUCGAUACGGACUGGUUCUCGACGUGCGCCUCAUCAUGGCGCUGCUGCUCGUCCCGGUCGUCCUGACAUCGAUAAUCACCAAGUUGAAGUUCUUGUCGUAUUGCUCGCUGGCCGCCAACGUACUGAUGACGAUCGGCAUCGGCAUCACGUUCUACUACGCGCUCAAGGAUCCGCUGCCGCCGGUAGCUGAGCGUCGCCUGAUAGGCAGCCCCGAGCAGUUGCCGCUUUUUUUUGGGACAGCCAUCUUCGCAUUCGAGGGCAUCGCCCUCGUCCUGCCGCUCCAGAACGAGAUGAAGUACCCAGCCGAUUUCAGUAAACCGUUCGGGGUGCUGAACCUAGGGAUGGUGUUCAUUGUGUCGCUCUUCAGCACGUUCGGCUUCGUUGGCUACCUGCGCUGGGGCGACGCAGUGGAGGGCACCAUGACACUUAACUUGCCCGACGGCGAGCUACUGGCCGAAAGUGUGAAGCUGAUGAUCUCGACCGGAGUGCUGCUCGGGUUCGCAUUGCAGUUCUUCGUCGCUAUUAUGAUCAUGUGGCCGAUGGUGGGAUGUCGCUGGACAUACGCCUCUCGGCACCCGGUCAAGGCCGAAAUGAUGUUCCGCGUAGUAAUGGUGCUGAUCACCUUUGUCAUCGCCGAGUGUGUCCCGAAGCUGAGCCUGUUCAUUUCGCUGAUUGGGGCGUUCUGCUCGUCCGCGUUGGCCCUCAUUAUACCGCCGAUCAUCGAGCUGAUCGUGGAGUUCAGCGGCGUAAGCUCCCGAACGCCCUACGCUCGUGGCUUGCUGGUGCUGAAGAACGGCUGCAUCCUCCUGAUCGCCCUGGUUGGCUUCGGUACCGGCACCUACGAAAGUGUGUCGAAGAUCAUUCAAGAGUUCUAG